CUUAAAACGUUAAAUCUAUUAAUUUCUUUAUUAAAUAUAUGCAUCGACAAUAGAUAGUUAAGGUAGUUAAAAUAGUUAUAUUUUUUUAUAUAUGUUUUUCAUGUAUUUAUAUUGUAUACAUAAAUACAAAAUAAUUUAAUAAAAGUAUUAUAUAUCAUUAACCGUUGACCAAUUGAUCUAUAUUUCAAAGUCAUUAUAAUAUACCUAAUUGUUGCAGAAAUAAUGUAACAUAAUAAUUGAAUUAUCUGAACCGUUGCGAUUUUAUAAAGUGUAAUUAUUUGAAUUUGUAUGUUCAAAUUGUGACAGUUUUGACUGCCUAUAUAUAAUGUUAAAAUGUGUAUACUUGACGUUUCUUGCUUUUGACAUCCUACUCCGACACGGUUCUACGGCUAAAAGUAACGGAAAUACAACUACUAUUUAGAAGUUUUUGGAUGUAGGAUAGUUUUAAAGUUUAUUAUAAAUAAUCAGAAAACAUUCAAAAGUAAACAUUAUUCACCAGUCACGAUUACAGCUAUGAACAUGGACAGAUCGUAUGGUAUUGACGAUUAUCAACCAUCCAGAGGCAAUGGUUUGGGUUUUGGCCUAGAACCGUCAACAUUUAUAUCGGUACUGGCAUUCCUGGCGUUCCUUCUACAUGCGCUAUUAAUACUGCUUAUACCGACCCUAAAGUCAUUUUUCACCGGGCCCUUUUUUGGCAACGGUAUUGGCUACAGUAAUGGAUUCGGUGGUGGAGGAUUUGGAGGCGGGCCUGGAUUUGGUGGCGUGGGUUAUGGAGGUCUGCACAACGGAGGCUACGGUAAUGCCGGUGGUUUCGGUUAUGGGGCCGUUCCAUCCAUAUUGGGUGGCGUCAAUGGCAUAUUGGGUACGGGGUUGUUGGGCACGACAGGGUUAUUGGGCACGGGACUGUCUGGACUGUUUGGUCCUGGAGUUGCAGGCUUAGGGGCGGCUGCACCAGCGGCUGCGGCGUCAGGAACAUUGGUUACUCGUGGCGCGAGCAGGAGUCGAGCAGUCGAUAGGAAAAAUAAAACGUGGAUUUCUGAAGACGAAACGCAAGUUAAACCUACAGAUGAAGUAUUAGACGAGUCGACUGGACGAAAUAUGAAGGCAACCAGAUUGCUGAGUAAAUGCAAUUUUUACUUUUGUUUAUUUGGCAAAACGAAAUUUGAUCAUAUGUUAGUGUUACGAGAACGUAAAUAAUAAUAAUACACAUAUAAAUAGGUAUAUAAUAUGUAUAGACAUAUAGACAUAUAGGACGUGCCACGCACUCACGCCGUGUUGGUCAUACAUACCUACAACCUACAUAAACACACAAUAUUAUUAUAUAUAUUUUGUAUAUCUGUGCUGUCAACACUUAAAAACUUACACAAUUAUUUGAACAUACUUUUUUUAAUACAAAAUUUAAUUUGACUUUUGAAGUACUUGCAUAAGUUAGCUCUUAAAAUCGAUUGUGUCAUAUUUUUAAGAAAAUGACUACCUAUGAAAACAUUUUUACCAAAACUUUGUUUAAACUUAACUAUAAUAGUUUUAGCUCUAUAAUAUCUAUAAUAAAUUAUAAUUUUUCUAAAUCAAAAUGCAUUGAUAAGCAUAAGACAAUCCUAAAACUAAAUGACACAUGUAGAUAUUCUACACACAUCAUAUAAGUGUCAUACAAAAUAAAAACACUCAAGUAGGUACUCGGCGUAAUUAUUAUCUAUUGACGACAUUAAAUGUACCUAAAACAUUUAAAUAUAGAUGCUUAUAUAAUAUUAUGUUAUACGUUUAUAACGAUAGUAGCUGAAUAAUAUAAACUAUAUAUUAUAAUCAAUA